AAUAGUCAGUAUCAUGAUCGUACGAGACUGAAGACAAUGCCUGAAUGAGUAGGCCUAUGAGGUCAUCACUGAAUAAGGGCAUUCCUAUCACAUGUAACAUGAAUUGUAAUGCUGCUAUAAAAAAAAUCUGUCCAAAGUAUCAUUAAUUAUAUCUGGCUAGCUGACUCACUUGAGAGCAUGAAUUCUGUGACUCUCUUCUUUGUGGUGUGCCUUGCAGCCCUCAAUGGCUGCUUGGCUGCUGAUAUGCAGUGGUAUAGAACUGCUCAGAGCACUGCAGACCGGCUCACUAAGCAAAGCAACCUCAAGUUUCAGGAUGACUUCCAUUUCGACCAAGUUAUCACCAUCAACAGGUCAAGUACAUUUCAAACCAUUAUUGGGUUUGGUGGUGCAUUCACUGAUGCUGCAUCGUUCAUAUUCUCCAAGCUCAACAGCACACUGCAGGCCCAGGUCCUGAACAUGUACUUCUCAGACCAGGGCCUACGCUAUAACAUGGCUAGAUUGCCCAUCGGGUCAUGUGAUUUCUCACUGAUGAACUACAACUACGACAGUACUAGUGGAGAUGCAAACCUAACGAAAUUCUCUAUAGACCACGACAAAUCUCAAAUCAUUCCACUGAUCAAAAAGGCCAAUGCCACCAUCUUAAAAGGAUCUGGAGAUGCCCUGUAUAUUGUAGCGACCCCGUGGAGUCCACCAAACUGGCUCAAAGAGAACAACAGUCCGUACUGCCCCACAGAUUGUGCAGGAGGGUGUGUAUUGAAAGACCAAUACAGGGACACAUGGGCUCUUUACUUUUCAAAGUUUCUCUCUGCUUACAAAGCUGAAGGUGUCGAUAUUUGGGGAAUCACAAUUCAAAACGAACCAGAAUACUGUCCACACAAUUACGAAGCAAUGCAUUUCACUCCUGAAGCAGAGAGAGACUUUCUGAAAGAUCAUCUUGGGCCUAAACUGAGCCAAGACCAUCCUGAUGUAAACAUCUUGAUAUACGAUCACAAUAAAGACCAUGUAGUGAACUGGGUACAGACAAUAUACUCCGAUGCUGAAGCUGCCAAAUACGUGUGGGGCACAGCCAUUCACUGGUACACUGGAGAUCAGUUCGACAAUGUCAACCAGGCUCACAACCUCUUCCCAAACAAACCAAUUCUAGCUACGGAAGCGACUGAAGCCCGUGAAGAAAACCCCGCGAACCCAGUGUGGGGAAAGGGGGAACAUUACGCCCAUGACAUUAUAGGGGACUUGAACAACUGGGUGGUUGGAUGGAUAGACUGGAACCUCGUCCUAGACAUACAGGGAGGUCCAAAUCAUAAAGGCCCCAACAAUUGCGAGGGCCCAGAAUUGUGUGGAUUUGAUGGAAUGCUAUUAGCAGACACUGACAAGCAGAUCAUCUAUCCUCAGGUCUUCUAUUACUACAUGGGACAUUUCAGCAAGUUCCUGGCCCGUGGUUCAGUGCGAGUGUGGAGCUUAGUGGACAACUCUUCACUGGAGUGUCUGUCAGUCCUCACUCCUGACAGUGGAAUGGUAGUGGUCGUGUUGAAUAGAGGACAGGAUGCUGUCACCUUCAAGCUCCUGGAUAUCAAUGUAGGUGGACAGAAACAAGCACUCAAGAUAACUGCCCUACCACAUAGCAUACAGACAUUCCUUUACUAG